AUUUAGCUCGUUUCCUUUCCUCUGCUUAAUUUUUUCACGAUUCACUGAACCACAGGCACACGGUGGCGCGAUUGAAAUUCAAAUCGGGAAAAAUUCCAUCGAUACUUUGCUUUAAUCUUCGAUUGAUUUUGCACCUGUGAGAGCCGAGAUCCGGAGUUUCUUCUCGAACGAAGAGAAUGCAAGCGAGGCAUGGGCAAUCGUCGUAUCGAGAUCGGACGGACGAGUUCUUUGGUAUCGUUGAAAGCCGGAGGAGAUCGAUUGCUCCAGCGGCGGAGAAUAAUGUGCCGUACGGUGGUGGUGGGAGAAGAAGAGAGGAUCCGAGAUCUGCCGCGGCAAAUCAAUCGGAGUUCAGCAAGAGAGCUUCUCUGAUCGGUUUAGCUAUCCACCAGACGUCGCAGAAGCUAUCCAAGCUUGCUCAACUGGCAAAGAGGUCAUCAGUUUUUGAUGAUCCUACCCGGGAGAUACAAGAGCUUACGGUGGUGAUCAAACAAGAGAUCUCUGGUCUAAAUGGCGCUUUACUCGACCUUCAAGCUGUACGCAACUCCCAUAAUGAUGAAAGCAACAUUUCCAGAGACACAACUACUCACUCAGCUACAGUUGUUGACGAUCUGAAGAAUCGCUUGAUGGACACUACCAAGGAGUUUAAGGAUGUUCUUACUUUGAGAACUGAGAACAUGAAGAUUCAAGAAGAUCGAAUGAAAUUUUUUUCGAAAAUCUCUUCGAAAGAAUCAGCAAACCCAUUUGUUCGCCAGCGCCCUUUGGCUUCUAAGCCUUCACCUAGUCAACCUGCUCCUCUUCCAUGGGCAAAUGGCUCUUCUUCAUCUUCAUCUCAGAUAGUCCCUAGUAGGCAGGGAGAGGCCGAAUCCUCACCACUAUUGCAACAGAGUCAACAACAACAGCAGCAUAUGGUCCCGUUGCAAGACACAUAUAUGCAGAGCCGAGCAGAAGCUCUACACAAUGUAGAAUCAACAAUCCAUGAGCUAGGCAAUAUCUUCACACAACUAGCAACCAUGGUUUCUCAGCAAGGGGAGAUCGCUAUCAGGAUCGAUCAGAACAUGGAAGAUACAUUGGCGAACGUGGAAGGCGCACAGACCCAACUGGCUAGGUAUCUCAACAGUAUAUCGUCUAACCGAUGGCUCAUGAUUAAGAUUUUCUUCGUACUGAUUGCUUUUCUCAUGGUUUUCCUCUUCUUCGUUGCGUAAUUUCGAGAAAAAGAAAAAGAUUUUAAACAUCAAGUCAUCAUUCUCUUUUCUACCGUAUCUUAUUGACAUGUAAAGACUAAAAUAGAAAGGGAUCUUUAUGCUCUGUUCAGAUCAGUGGAGAUAUAUAUUUUGCCUUUUUAUGUAAAAUUGUUCUAACGUUUCUCAAAUCACUUUCACUGCUAUUAUUCUACCA